AUGCAAUCAUAUUAUUCUUCGUCGUUAUUGUUACGAACAUCAUCUAACACAGUCACAUUUCAAGAUGAACAAUAUGAACAACAAUUACAACCUCUUAUAUCAUCAUCAUCAUCAUCAUCAUCUACACGACUUUAUCGUUAUUCUCAUGAACCAUUGAGUACAAAUUCAUUAAGACGAGAUAUUCCACCAAUUUUAAUUUUAUUAUUUUUCUUAUUUUUAAUUAUAAUUACAUUAUCACAAAUUCUUGUUGUACAUACAAGUCGAUAUGGUACAAAUUUUUAUACAAUGCAAAAAAUUCAAGAAGAAUUAAAACAAAUGGAUGAAAGUAUGGAAAUGUUAUUAAAAGAUAAUGUAUUACCCAUAGAUAAAUGGCGUCUACUAUUUAAUAUUCAAGCUUAUAUUCAUCGUUUUCGUUUAUUAUUUCAAUCCUAUUAUAAAAUGAUUGAAAAUGAUAAUUCUACAACAAAUUUUACUAUAGACAAUGAAUAUUAUGAUCAUGGAUUUUUAAAUGAAACAUAUAUAGAUAAUUCAAUUCAAACUAGUGAAAGUAGUUAUUCAGAUAUUUCAAAUUGGUGGUUAAAACCGGUUGUUUAUUCUUCAAAUGAAUUAAUUAAACAAGUACGACAAAAAAAUAAAAGUAUGAAUUAUUUAUUAAAUUCAGUUGGUACAAAUAGAAAAAUUCUUGGAGAUGUUAAACAGAUCUAUGAACAAUUAAAAGAACAUGUCACUUCUUUUGAUAAUAAAAAGAACAAUGAUAAUAAAAAACGAAAAAAUGAUACAAAUAAAAGUUGGAAUUCAUGGAAGAAGAGACGAACUAAACAUAAACGACGAUUAUAUUGUAAUGAGGAACCAUUUGAUUUAAGAGGUCGUAUAUUAGAUGAAAAUUCAACAUUUCCAAAUUUAACUUUAUAUGAAGUUGAAAUGAAUUAUUCCGAUGUCAGAUCAGGUGGUAGUUGGUCACCAGCAAAUUGUUUAGCCAGACAUAGAGUGGCUAUAAUCAUUCCGUAUCGUGAUCGUCUUGAACAUUUAACAGUCCUAUUGUAUUAUUUACAUCCAAUAUUACAACGUCAAGAAUUAGAUUAUAAAAUAUUUGUUUCAGAACAGGUAUUAGCGAAGAUACAAUUAAAGUUAGAUGAUCAUAGAAUAGUAGCACAUCUAAUUUUGACUAACGAGGAAAGGACACCAACUGGCAAAUCGCUUUUGGCCUAAAACUAAGUGGAAAAUAGGUUAUCGGCUAUGCUGAUUCCGAAUAUGACAAUGGUUUGGGCUGAU